AUGGGCGGGCCAAAGGCCAUGGACAUGCCGGGGCUGCAGGUGCACUGCAAAAAGGAUGGGAGUUGGCGAGAUGUCAAUCUGCAGCUGACGCAUGUGGUGGGCACUCCGGCAGGAGCGGUGCUGAGGGUGGGAGUCGGCAAUGCCACAUCCAUCGAAGGCGAGAUUGUUGAGUUUGGGGAGAUGAGCAAGCGGUUGCAGUGCACACCCAGAACAGCCUCCGACGCUGACGCCAACUUCAUGCAAACAGGGCUGCGAGUUUUGGGCUGUGAGCAGCCACAGAGCUCUGAAAAGAAGUGGUACCAAUGCAAAGUCCAGGACAGACGGUCUAUACUCCAAGAUGGCAGAGUUGCAAACGAGGUGCUGGUGCGAUGGGAUGGUUCUGAGGGCAAGGGCUCUGCCACUACUUGGCUGUCCCUCAGCCAGCACGCCCUCAAGAUACCUGUCCAACAGGAUGUAUCCCAGCAUCCCAAGUUUGUGGAGUGGGUGGGCGCCAUGGAGAAGCUCCGGGGAAACUCAGCAAACCAUCUGGCAGAUGGAAGGCGACCACAGGCAUCUGGGCUGGGUGUGUGUGCCAAUGGGAACGAGCGUCACGGCACCCUGCCCCCCGCCGAGCAUGGCGCGACGGCGGAGCGGAUCGUCGUUGACCUGACGGAGCAGUCUUCCCUGGCGUCGGACGCAGCGGACCCGGCCGCCGUCCCGCCGUCCGAUGCGUUCGGGCCGCGCUGCAACGGGGCCCAGGCGCCCACCCCCCUCUGCGCCUCAGGGAACGGCCAACUUGACCCCAAUCUGAACAUCGGCGCGAAUCCGCACUUCAGCGGCGUCGACAACUGCCAGGGGAGCAUCGGGCUGGAGGAUGGGGGGCCUGUUGGCGGGUCGAACAGGGUCAGCCCGGCGGGGCCGAGCGUUGGCGGCAGGCCCCAGUUGGGGAUCGGCCGUGAAGGCAGCGCGGACGAUGGGGGGCUGUCCUGCAACGAGCAGAUGCUGGACGACAGCGACGGCGAGGACCCAGGGGCCCAGGCGCGGGCCCACGGGCCCGCUUCCCAGGCCGGCGCGGCCCCCGGGAUGGCGGGUCCCUCGGGACUGGGGCUGGGGGCGCAGCGCGGGCUGCCCGGCGGCUACCCCGACCCGGCGCCCCUGCUGGCGGCCGGGAUGCCCUACGGCGGGCUGCGGUACGGGCCCCGGGGGCCCGACCUGGCCUCCCUUCCAUCCGCCCCUCUGGGCGGUCCGGCCCUGCGGCCCGCCCUCCCCUACGCGGACCCCAUGGCCCACGUCCAGUACGCCCCGUCGCUGCCCGCCGGCCUGGGACCCCGCGUCAUGGCGCCGCCCCAUGCCGGCCCGACGGCCCACGCCUGGCCGGUUGGGGCCGGGGGGGUCAUGGACCUCCGGGUCCAGCACGGCCUGCACGCCUCCCCGGCCGCCAUGUGGGGCGCCCUGCAUCACCAUCAGCAGCACGUCCAGGCCCCGUACGUUCACCUGCCGGUGGGAGGCCACUGGCAGGGCCAGAUGCCAAGUUUGGACCUCCCGGCACAGCGAGUGGAGCAAUGUAGCCUGUUGACCAGCGAGAGUCUGAGCGACCUGGACACGCCCCGGGCGGCCCAAUCCGGCGCACCCGCGCUGCCGGCCGUCGGAUCCCUCCAGCCGGCGCAUGGGGAUCCCGUGCCCGCGCGGCAGCCGUCGAUCGACCUGUACUGCUCGGAGUCCGCCCUGGACGACCCGCACGGCGGGGCGGCCGGGCCCACGGGACCGGCAACUCAUCAGGUGGCCCCCCUGUCCCUAAGGGGGUUCGCGUCUCCCGGGUUGGGCGCCUCGGCGCUGGGCAUGGUCCUGGAUCGCCAGGGCGGCCAUCCGAGGUAUGAUGUGCUCUCCCAGCACAAUGGCAGGAAGGGCAUCUUGGGGAAUGCCGCGGGACAUCCAUGCGGGCCGCCCUCCCGGCAGGCGUCGCUGCCAGAUUUCCGGUCGGCCGCCUUUGCGCACGUCCCGGCCCUGGCAUCCCUGCCGGGGAUCGCGGGCGCGGAGGCCGGGCCCGCUGCUGGCGCGACGUCCAGGAAGCAGCCCACGCGGGAGGCGCGACGGGCGCCGCAGGGCGAUCCGAAGGCAGCGGAAGGGGAGGGGCGGGGAGGUGGCGCGCCCAGCGCCAAGAUGGAGGUGGCAGUGGAGGUGGAGUGGGGGGAGGAGGACGCUCCCAUGGAGGGCAGCCCUGUGACCAUGGAGGAUGUCUCCCGCCUGGGGAUCCUGUACCUGGCAGCGUGCUGUUUCAUCGAGACAGGCCCCGGCCCAGGCACGGAGCAGUUCAGGGCUGCGAGGAAACUGCUGGGGCAGGGAGAGGACCUCAAGAGGCGAAAGCUUUCCUGGCAGGACAUUUGA